AUGUUCUGGGUAGACUUGGAGGUGUGGAAAGGAUUCAUGCCUCCACUGAAUUACGGUGAUUCGGGAUCUAAGGGCCUGUUUGCAGCUGCUCCUGGGCCUGCUGCUCAUCAGCAGGCUCUGCCUCCUGUCCCCAUCAGCUCCCGAGAGAUCUCGGAGAGCAGCUUGUGCUCAGGGGACCGCUGGUAUCUCUUCCUGGACCUGCUUCCGUGUGUGACCUUGGGAGGGAGUGGCUUUGCCUUUGGGCCUCAGUUUCCCCAUCCAGGAAAUGGGGCUGUCCACCUUGCCCCAAAAAACGUGUUGUCCUGGCUAGAAAAGCAAAGCGUUGUCUUGGGGAGCACUGAGGGAACUAACACUCCUCCAGAUCCCGUGUGGGGUUACAGCUGCACGAUUCUGUGGAGAGGCAAGGCCACGAAGCAGUUCCUGGAGGAGAUUAACAAGUGGACCGUGCAGUACAAUGUGUCUCCGCUUUCCUGGAAUGUGGCUGUCAAGUUCCUCAUGGCUAGGAAGUUUGAUGUCCUCCGCGCGAUCGAGCUGUUCCACUCCUACAGGGAAACCAGGCUGAAGGAAGGAAUUGUGAAGCUGAAACCUCACGAAGAGCCCCUGCGCUCGGAGCUGCUCAGUGGGAAAUUCACCAUCCUAAGUGCACGGGACCCCUCCGGAGCCUCGAUCGCCCUCUUCACCGCCAAGUUACACCACCCCAAUAAAAGCGUCCAGCAUGUGGUGCUCCAGGCGCUGUUCUAUCUGCUGGACAGAGCUGUGGAGAGCUUUGAAACGCAGAGGAACGGCUUGGUGUUCAUCUACGACAUGGCUGGCUCCCACUAUACCAACUUCGAGCUGGAUCUGAGCAAGAAAAUCCUCAACCUGCUGAAGGGCGCCUUCCCGGCUCGUCUGAAAAGACCAGGCAGAUUCCAUCCCCUCCUCGGUGUCCGCUGUCUCAAGCAAGCCUGCGUCAAGUCCAUGCUUGGUGUGUGUUUCACCCCCUCCCAUCUCGUUCUGCUCCCCCAGGUUCAGAUGGUGAAGAUGUCGGAGCUGAAGGAACACCUGCCCCGGGAGUGUCUCCCCGAAUACCUAGGGGGAUCCCUCAAGCUAGACCCUCUCAGCUGGAACUGCCGCUUCCUCCCCCAGCAGAAUGGCCACCCAGACCCGUUGGAUGAGCUGAUCCUGGUGCCGCUGGUUGCCCCGCGAGAUAACGGCUCGGUGCACAUCCCAGGACCAAAGUGCAUGACUGUCCAUCAGCUGUUGGACCACGUGACCCGAAAGCAGAAGCGGGGGAUCUACGAGGAGUAUGAGGAUAUCCGGCGCCGGAGUCCGGCAGGGACCUUCAGCUGCUCCUUGGCUCCGUAUAACCAGGAGAAGAACCGAUAUGGGGACGUGCCGUGCCUGGACCAAACUCGUGUGAAGCUGACCAAGCAGCACAGCCGCUCGGAGCUGACGGACUACAUCAAUGCCAGCUUCAUGGAUGGCUACAAGCAGAGGAACGCUUACAUUGGCACGCAAGGGCCGCUGGAGAACACGUACGGUGAUUUCUGGCGCAUGGUGUGGGAGCAAAACGUUCUGGUGAUUGUCAUGACAACCAGGCUUGAGGAGGGAGGCCGGAGGAAGUGUGGCCAGUACUGGCCGCUGGAGAAGGAUUUCCGGGUGUGCUACGGAUCCCUCACCGUCACCAACCUGGGGGUGGAGAAUCUGAGCCAUUACAAGAAAACCAUCCUGGAGAUCUGUACGGCUGAGGUAAUGCCCCAUCCCCGCCCUUUGCUGGAAAGGGGCCGGGGUCCGAGGGCUGGGUUGUGGGGGCCCAUGGAGAGGAGCCGGCACAAUGGAUCAGGUACCUUCUGCGCGCUGGACAUCUGCCUCUCUCAGCUCCAGGACACGGGCACGCUGAACGUGUACCAGACGGUGAUGCGGAUGAGAACGCAGAGGGCCUUCAGCAUCCAGACCCCCGAGCAGUACUUCUUUUGUUACACGGCCAUCAUCGAGCAUGCACAGAGAGAGGGCCUGCUGCCUUCCACUCCCACCCGGGCAGGCCAGGAGAAGAGCUAAUGGGGGCAAAACCCAAUCCGACGGCAGGGACUGGCUCUCCUGUCAGUCACAACCAGCCUGCCUUCCUCACGACAGUCCGGCUUCAGCAGAGCCUUCAGUAACCAAACUCCUUUGUCGUAAGGCCGCCGUCGACUUUUGCUUGGCUAGCUGGUUCGGACGAAUCGCGGCGAGUAGCCACUGACUAGCAGCGCGUGGUCUUAACUGUUAGCACCUGCUGUUGAACUGUGCCUUAUUCAAACCAAAUUGUGGCUGCCACUUGCCGGGGUAACUAGAGAUAAGUAGGAAGAGGAUCUACCCCUUGGUAUGAUUUCAUUUUUGUGGGACCACCUGAAAUCCAUCCAGAGGACUUGACUUAAAAAAUAUCCAUUUCCGGUACCCCCUUAGCCUUGGGCUUCAGAAAGGCACAUACGUCCGUCUAACCUGCCACUAGGUGUGUGUCCCCGUCUGUAUGUAUGUGUGUAUAUAAUAUAUAUACUCCAUAUGUUGAGGUGUAGCCUACGUCAGUAUUAUAUAGAUACAUAUAUACAUACACCUGGUUCUAGCCCCUCCUGGGGCGUAGUGUUGUAAUAUUGUCCACCUGCUGUGGUCUCGCGCGUGGCGAGUUCCAGCCUUGCAUUGUUAAUGGCCCUGUGAUGUUCCUGGCUCUGUUUUGUUUUUCUUUUCACUCCUCCACUGCGGCUGCAGGAGACACACACACUUGCUAGUGCACGUGGCUGUAGGGACCAUGGCGUGAGCUGUGCCGACGCAGUCCCAUUGGAUCAGGGUGGUGGGGGAAGCGGCGCUAGGCCCAGCGAGAUCCGAGUGCAUGUGCAGGGAUUACACUGGCUUGCCUGUCUUAUUUGGAGGAGCGGUCCAGGGACAGCUCUUUUCCCUCGGGUGAGGAGUUGUGAAGAAGGGACCCUGCCUUCCUGGGCUGGGGAUGACUCCCCUGCUAACUAGGGAGCAGCGAGGGGGGCAGUAGGUACGAAGUGUUGCAGGGUAGAGGACUCGGCGGAAGUGGGCUUUACCAAGGAAGUUUGGACUCUGCUGGUAACUUCCUUCUGUGCUUUUCCUGGGAGUCCCCCUCCUGCCUGUCUCUGCCAGGCAGACAUCCGGGGAUGAGUUGCGGCUGCCCGAGUGUCAAGCCAGAACGACCAUAAGGUGUAGAAGCCAAAAAGCUGCAGCAUCUGUUUUCCCAGCCAGUGCCCGUCCUGCCAAUCAAUGCACAGACGGUGCAACCCCAGCACUCCCCAGGGCUGCUAGGAUGCCUGACUCCCCCCAGGGGGGAGAGGUGGUCAGUAGCGCUGUUCUGUGCUCUGCUCUCUGAAGGAGAACAUGCUUCUUUUCCCAGCCUGGUUGGUCUUGUAUUGAACAUUCACUCGAUUGAGCCAGAGCUGGAAAUCGUGGUAACUGUUCCUGUGCGCUAUCGCGUGGCAAGGCCGUUUGUGUGUUCAUGGAUGAAUAUUCCUUCCGAUGAGCCAGAUGCUUAGCUUGGUCAAUGCCGCCGCCGGGGAACGGGAAGGGGAGCUGACGCGCGAGAGUCGGUGGACACCGAGGGAGGGGAGUUAGGGCUGUGGGUCUGACAGCACGAGAAUGAGCUUUGUCCAGGGGGACCCCAGCCUGGUCCUCUGUCUACUGAAGUCCGUGGGAGUGUCUGUCUGUGUGACCUCAAGUCCAGUGGAACCUGCAUCAGGUCUGCAGGGAGGUAUCCAGUGCGCACCUCUCUUCCACGCCUGAUGGCCUCAGCAGGAGUUUGUGGCUCCAUGGGAGAAGACCCUUCUAGGUAGACCUGGGACUCAUUGGUAGAACUUCACAAUCCUUUGUAGUAGUAGAGGCAGAGCCGGGUGGCUGCUGUUGGUUUCAUGUUGGUAUACAUGUGUUAAUUAUGGAUUAAUUUACUGUGCUUCUCGUGCCUACAAUACGGGCCUAGCUAAUCCCUUUGGAUCUCUGUUACUUAGGGCCACCAGCCAGCCAGAAGACUGCUAGGUAAAUGAGUCUCUUCUUGCUUCACUGCUGUUUGGCUCUGUACUAUAGCCUUGUGGAGAGAGGUCGGGUACAGGUAUCCACCUGGGCGUGGCGGGCGGGGUUUUCCUUUUCCUUUCCAGAUAGCCAGCAGGGUCAGUAACUGACAGGCUCACUCCGAACACCUCCGCCCCUUCACCGUGAAGGGAAAGGCAUGUGCCACUCCCACUGAUCCUUCCCUCCUCCCAACUCUGGAUCAGAAGGCUGACAGAUUGUCAGCACCUCCAUAAGGGUUUCAUUGGCUGACUUUCCGCACAAUUGAGUACAAGAGUAAUCACUGAUCGCUCCUCAGGUGCAAUACAAACGGGGGGCUGGGUUUUGAUCUGCUCCGGUAAAUGGGCACAAUGCUUAUGGGCAUGAUGCUUAUGAUUUAUGUGCGUUACGUUCACCCUUAUGAUCCCCCACCAUGAACAGAGCCCAGUUGGUAGGUGCUGAGCAUGCACACAGUCGCUGCCCUGACAACCAUCCAGUCCCUAUCCAGAUCUCCUGGCUCCCAGUCUAGUGUCCUGUGCAUUGGGCGACAUAACCUGGCGCUUGCUGUGCAACCCUGCAGUACGUGCAUGUUUGAUCCCAUUUCUGUGGCAACAGUCGCCACCAGGGCAACAGGUGCUAGGACCCUGCUGAGAGCUGUAGAAUCAUUCGGCAGCCAGACCAGGUGGAUCUUGGUCACUCCUGCGCAGGAGACUACAGGCAUGUUGAGAGGGCCGGAGGGGGCUGUGUACCGUGUAGAGACAAGCCGGGCAGGCAGCAGGGGGGACAUGACUUGCCCAUGCUCACACUGUAACUGAGCUGGGACCAGAACCCCUGUCUCCUGAGGCCCGAUUCUGUGCCCUGCGCAUUAAGUUGCCUUUCUUGGGACAGGGAUUCAUUGAUGGAAAAGCCGAGCUCGCUUAGGUGGCAUUCUGGGCCCAUUGUAAGCAAGGGUGGUUUUACGACUGAAGUCUGUGGGAUGUUCCCAUGCCAGCUUCUUUUUGCCACUCCCGUGCCCCUUUGCUGUGGGAAGGGAGCACGCACCCGGAGCGCCAUCCGCAGUGGGCCGGUUUGUGAUUCUGUUGAAUUGAACUGGAUGCUGGAUCCGUCGAAAUAGGAGCCUUUAAAUGCCCUUCUGUGCUGGGCCUUGCCCUUGUCCCAUCACCGGUGAGACUGGCAAAGCAGGCUGCUGACGGGUUUCAGCUGCUGGCUGCCUGCUGAGUCAGAUAGAUCCUGGCUGCCAAAGCCAGCAUGAGCCUUUUGGAUCCUUGGAAAUGAGCCAUAAGAAAACGCUUCUGCCCCGUGGGUGAGCCAACUCCCAGGGGCCACAUUGGGGGGAGGGCUAGCUCAGCAGUUUGAGCAGUGGCCUGCUUAACCCAAGGUUGGGAGCUCAAUCCUUGAGGACGCCAUUUAGGGAUCGGGGCAAAUCAGUCAGGGAUGGUUCUUUUGAUCCUGCCAUGAGGGCAGAGGACUGGACCCGACCUCUCAAGGUCCCUUCCAGCUCUAUGAGAUAAGUAUAUCUCCAUAUUAUUUUCUCAGUGCAACCCAGAGUGAGACAACUGCAAGAGUUCGCAGCCUCCUCCAGCCAGUUGGAUGCCUCCUUUCCUGAGGCCAUCUGCAUGGAUACAGAGGCAGGACUAAAUUCUGCUCUCUCUGACCCCUGCAUGAAUCUGGGGUAACGUGAUUGACUACACUGGUUACCUGGGCUCAACACCCCCAUGACAGAGAACAGGUUUUGGUCCAGGCACUGUGUACAGUUAACAGUGUGCUGAUAAAUAUACAUAGACACAUUCUGAUGGAACUAGGAAGCCAGUUCUACCAUCUGUGGGCAUCUGGCUCUCGCACCUGAUUUACAAAUGGAGCGAAUAACAGCCCAGUAAUUUGUGUGAUCAGAACCCUGACUCCUUCCAGUUCACUUGUUCUUGUGUUACAUUCUAGUGGGGCUUGGUCAUGACUUGUUAGAACGAAGGUUGCAGAAGCGUUUCCAUUCAAAUCCCGUUUUCAGUUGCUUGUAAUUUUUUAGGGCUGAAAUUUUCCAGGCGUGGUCUCUGCCUGGAGUGGGUUUAAAUAAUAGAGCUGAGCUAUACCCAUUCAUCCGGGUGAAACAAAGAGGACAGAAACAUUUGUUUAGACUGGCACUGGGAAAUUUUUUGUGUUAACAAAACUCUUUUGCUUUGUUUCUUAAAAACAUUUUUGUUUCCAUUUAAAAAUGACAGGUUUGAAUGUUGAAAUUUGGUCUGAAACUAGCCUUAAGUGAGGAGCUGUGUGCAGCCUUCUUCCAACAGCGACGGGGUUUGAUUUCAACUGCAUUUGAAAUGUAUCUGCUGUACGAUGUUCUCACCAAGUUCAUUAGGGCCCCCAGUCCUGCAAACACUUGUGCACGUGCUCGACUUUAACCACACAAGUAGAUUCCAUUAAUGUCAAGGGCUUGAUCCAGGCAGCCGGAAUCCUCUUCUUGGCUUCUGUGGGCAUUGGAUUGCUCUUGACUUGCAAACCUGAUGCAAGCUACUCUGUGCACUCCUGCACUAGGCUUCUGGCUCUAAUUACAUGAUCAAAUAGUGUUUUCUACAAUACUAUCCAUAUUGCCAUCUUGUUAAUACCUCGCUCUUCUCUAGUGCUUUCCAGCUGUUGAUCUCAAAGCGCCUCACAAAGGAGAUCGUUAACUUAAUUUUAUAAAUGGGGGAACUGAGUCACAAAGCCAGGAAAGUGUUUUGCUUGAGAUUGCCCACUAAAUUAGCAGCAGCAUUGGGAAUAGAAUCCAUGUCUCCUGAGUGCCAGGCCAGUGCACUAUCCACUAGGAAACACUGCCCUUUGUACCAAAAUAAACACAGUAAAAAGGACACAUGCAACAUAAUCCAUAUACAGUAAUAGUGACAAUUAGGUAGCACAUAUAGGCCACCAAAUCAGCUUUCUAGUUAACUAUUUCACACCCUGAGUUGCACCCGAGGAAUUGGUUCAAAACGAUGUAUAAGCUGUUGAUUAAACUUUUCACAUGGCCAUUAGAAAGGUGAGAAUUCACAUAGAAUUACUGCAUGAAAAGUCUGGUAAUAAAGCGAUAAUGAAUUAUUAUGACACUACAACUGGCAUUAGGGUUAAACAUUGGAGGAAAUAAGUACAAGCUAUGACAUCUUGUUAAUACCUAUGUAAGGAUGUGAGGCAAACCGUAUGAUUACCCUGCAUUCUUUGGAAAAUUGGAGAAUCAGAGAAUUUUAAAGCCAAAAGGGCCAUUUGAUCAUCCAAUUGGUCCUCCUGUACAACACAGGCUAUGUGAGGUAAAGGGAGAAGGGAUGGUCUUAAGGAUUGGACACUGAAAGGGGACUUGGGAGACCCUUUGCUAAUUAGACAGAUACGUUGGCAACCUCAGGCAGAUCCCUUCAGGCUCCGUUUCCCAUCUGUAAAAUGGGGUUAAUAGUAAUUCAGUAGCAUUCUGAGGAUAAAGUCCAUUGAUAAGUGAUGAUUCGAAGGCAUUCAGAUGCUUUGGUGAAGAGGGGCUAUACAAGGACCUAGCCAGCUGCAAACCAGGAAGUGCAAACCUAGUUCUAAGGUAUCACAGGACAGCUCGUUUUUAAAGUUACAAACCAACACAGCUCCUGCUGAGACUUGUUGGCGUGGUUAUCUGAGCAGCCUUAGCAUUCAGUGAAUGUUGGUUUCUUUGCGGGGUGGAUUCUGGGAGAAUGUGACAGCAUUUAACCUGGAAGAACCCAGUUCCCACGCCCUCCCGCAUCGUAUUUUAGAGGACCAGGGAAAAGAUGGGGAUGCUUUAAAUCGCUCUUGGCUCUCAAGAGUGUUAGGAACAGUGGGAUUUUGACAGCUGGAGCAGCCUGAUCAAACCUUUGCCAUUAAGUCCUUUGCUUGCUGCGAUCUCUGGGUUAAAAUACUGUAAAAACAGCCCCUCUGGCACUUUAAAGAAGUCAUUUGACAGCUGUGACCUCUGGGGAUUGGGUCACAGCUUUGAAAUGUGGCCUUUUCUAGCCUGCCUGGCAGGGGCAAGGGUGCUACUAAAUCAAGGGACAUGCAAAUCUUUAGAAAGCUCUGCUCAAGCAGGGGCACAUGCCACACCUAAAGCCACAGAAAAGCCAGUUUAGCUUUGGCUCCCUCGUUGCACGUUGCUGAGGCCAUGUAUUGCUAGAGAGGAUCCAAGCUUGCGGGAUGCUCUACUGUUCUGUCCAUGCCAGGGGGGUAAUAACAGAGCUCAGCCAGAUGCUACUGCCGAGUUCCUCCUAGUUAUCUGGUGCUGGCCACCCUCAGACUGGGGGAGACGGCCCUUGGGUCUGAGCCUGGUUGGCCAGUCCUGUAUUUUCUCACCUUCUCCCGUGGCUCUUGCCCUGGUGCAGCAACAUCUUCCUAGCAACAGUGGGAGCCAUCGCUCAAAGCAGCCCCUGGUGUUCCACCACCACCUUGAUGGCUUCUCCAGAAAGUGCAUCGCCCAGCUGCUUGGCGCAGCAGCUGGUAGCCCCAGGGCAGACCACUGGCGGCUCUGGCCCCGGGGGAGAUCUGAAGAAAAAGCUCAGAAUAGACACAGCCUGAAAGGGAGACGGGUUGCAGUGAGAAUGCGACACAACUGGAGCGUUGCCCCUAAACCAACCCAUUGACUCACCAAUAUCUCCAGCUCAAGUUCAGGGGCGCUUUACAGGUGAGUUAGUAAUGCAGUGGGGAUGCAACUGCAGGCUACAAGAGCAAGUUAGCCCAGCUCCGCUGCAGCUGUUGUGUGCUGCUAAUUCAUGCUGUGUGGCUCCAGGUCAUUUUGCAGUGUGGCCGUGCUCAUUCCAUGUAAAACCGAUGGACCCUGGUUGUCAACAGGAGGGACUGAAUUUGCAGUCUCAGGAGCUAGAACCAUGUGCCUCUACAGCCUAUGGCCUAGGGGCCAGACCCGGCCCCUAGCUUGCCUGGAUCUGGCCUCCAAAGCUCAGGACUCCCCUCCCCAGCAUUGGUGAGCCCCACUCCAGAGCCUGGGGAGCCCACAAAAUCUAUUAGCCCAGGCCCCCCCAUGGCUCUGGUGUGCAAGGGAACUGCUUCUCAGUUGGGGGCCAUGUCAGUGAGGUUAGUUUUUGUGCCACCCCCGACCGAUUUUUCUGUGCAUCAGUGGCCCCCAAUCCAAAAAACGGUUCCCCACUCCUGCCUUCAAGUUUCUUUCAUUAGCUAGCUCUAAAGUUUUAUUCAUAGAUUACAUGGCCAGAAGGAACCAGCGUGCUCGUCGAGUCUGAUCUCCUGUAUUACACAGGCCAUAGGACUUCCCCCAACUCAUUCCUGGAGCAGCUUUUAGAGAAAGAUCUGCUUUGGAUGGCCAUUCUUUAUGUAGCAUCCAGAACAAAAUGUGAGGCAUCCCACAAACAGUAAGAAAACAGGGCUCUCUCCCAAAGCGUUUACAAAUCCUCGAGUUAAAAAAGCCAACAACUUUGCAUGAUUCUCUCCACAACUAGCACAUGAAACAUCACAAAUGGAGCAUUCUGACUUCGGCUGGGGGGGGGGCAGAGCAGCAGGUGUUGCUAUACUAAAGAAAUGUGUUUCCAAUCCGAAGGUGAUGUGCUUCAUGUAUUUCUGGAUGCCUAAAUAAGACCCAUCAGAAAGCUGGCGAAAGCAAACAGUACUUUUUUGGACUAGGUAAUGAAAGAAGAACUUGAAACGGGUGUAACUGGUUAUGUCUGCAGCGUAAAAACCAUCCGCAGCAAAAUGCAGUGAGUUGAAAUCAGACGUCUCUCUAAAAAAAGCUUUCGCCCACUGUUGCUAUAUGUAACACUGGAGAUUACUAUAACAGAAAGAGAUCAGAGGAGCAACCUUCUUCAUUUUUUCCAUGUGGCAGCACUUUGCAUAUAGUCAGUUUCCCUUGCUUGAUAGUCUCUUGUGCAGCAACAGAGGCAAAAAUGCUAUUGUAAAGCCACAAAAUUUGACCCAAGGCAGGGAGAGAGGACUGCUUUUAACUCCUGAUGUGAAACUGACCAGAUCUCAGGCUGGUGUGGUUUUACUAGAGAUAGCUCUAUUCUGAACAGCUAGGGUACAGGCUUAAAAAUAAACAGAACAAAACCACACUAGUAGGAUUACUCCAGUUUUACAGAUGGCGGAACUGAGUUGUGACGUGACUGGAUGUUUGUGUCUGUAAGUGUGUGAUCAACUCGCCUUUCUUUGAGAUGCUCUUUGGAUUCAUAGCCACUCUUCACUGUAGUCACGGCAGCUGCUUUUGGAUCUCCGCCAAUGGUGCGCAUCUCCACGUUGGCCUUCCAUGGUGACUGAAGGGGAGCAGAGAGGCUGGGGACAUAGGAUGUGGAGGCAGCGGGGUCACUGAGAAAGAGAUGUGCUACAUAUAUGGGGAAGGCUUUCUGUAUGAAGGCAGCCUGUGGCAGGGCAUUGUGGUUAUUUGGAUUAAAACUAUCCUCACCCCAGAGAUAGGAACUGGGCUGUCAGCUAAGCUGGGUGGCCCAGAUGUUCAGAAGCUCACAAGAAUUUUGCAUGUGUUCCAACUUGUGCGAUGUACGUGGUGUGAGUGCCCACACGUGUGUGCAAAUCCCUUGUGUGCGCACUAGGGAUUGCAUGUGCACAGAAAUAAGCACUCUUAGUAUAUUUGGGCCAUUUUAAGCACCAAAAGGCCAGUGGAAGUUACACAUACAAUGGUAGCUAAAGGCAGAAUAAGGCCACUAGAAUGGAAACUAGAUAGGUCAAUGUGAACCAGGGGGCUAAUGAGAGAGAUCUGUUUUGAUGCAAUUGUGCUGGGCACAAGCGUGACAUGGGUGUGCUUGGAGGUGUCUGUAAGACACAGACUCAUGCUGGGCCUUACUGCUUUCCCUGCAGCAUCCAGACUAAUCAGAAAACCAGAGGCGUCCUGACAGUGCCAGGCUGCCAGUGUCUUACCCCGGGAUGCCCCGUGAUGUGCGGCCUUAGCCAGGAAUAAGGCGAGUGCCCCAGGUGCACUAGUGCUGCAGGGAAGAGAGAGGGACUAGGCCUGAGAGGCAGGCAGAUCAUCCUGACCUUCCUUCAAGAGUUUAAUCAACUCCUUCAGCACGUCAUGGUAUAAGGGGCACCCCCUCACAGCCAGCCUUCUCCCCCUUGUUCUCUGACACACCCCUCCCCCCAACAGACCAGCCGUGGAGGGCUGACAGUGGCUGGUCCAAUUAUACACUUCACAGGCCUGCCCACAUGCAGGUGGGAAACUCCUUUACAUGUAGGUACGAGACGCUCACUAACUAAGCGCAGGUUUCUUUUGAGAGCUGGUGCUAGGCCAUGCAUUAUCCAGCCCAAAGAGCGAGAUCCAGCCAUGUCCGAGGGAAGGGAGAAGCCAGGAGGUGAGAGACCAAGAAAGUGGCAAUUGCUGAGAGGGGCAUGUGGUAAAAGCCGCAUGCUCCAGGCAGCCUCUGUUGCAAAGGGACCCAGCUGACUCUGUGCUCUCCUCUUGGUCCAUGUAAUAUCUUGUAUUGAUUAUAUGCCCACCCGGCCGUAGAGUCAUAUGAAGUAACAGUCUGUGGUCGGAAAGACACACGCGUGCCUUGUGUGAGCAACACAGCGGCACGCUCUGGAGUAAGUUAUUAUUCCGCUUAUAAAAUUGUACUUUUUAGUUUUAAUAAAACACAUUAAAUGGUUCA